GCAUAAUUUCAUCUGGGUUUGCAUUAUUUUACAAAAUUGUGUUGAAUUUUUAGCGAAAAAAUGGUGAAAUUUGUAGCCUGAAAUGAGCACAGGCAUGGUUAGAUUGUGCACUCUUCCAGGAAAAGUAAGAAGUCUACUGACCACAAAGGAAAUGCUUUCUCAACAUUAAGGAGGGAAUUGUUUCAAAACAAAACCUACUUUACAUUUUGCAUUUUCCAACACUCUUUCAAAUUCAAAUCUUUAGAUAUACUUAUUAAAGGUUGAGGUUGGGUUAUUCUUGCUUCAACCAAAAACUAACAGAAGAAAUCAUGGAAGGUUCAUUAGUGACAGAUGAUAGUUAUGAUCUGGGUUAUCAGGCUUCCCCUUCAUCGUUCGAUCCCAACGAUCAAUCGACAAAUUCUCCGAUGAGUACUGCAUCUUAUGGCUACUGUAGGACAAACUCAGAGAUGUCAAACAUCUCUGAGCCAACUGAUAGCUGCUCUGAAGGCGCUUCCCCGGUUAGGUGGGUCCCACCAAGGGUUCCUACUCCUCCUCAAGCUUCUCCUUCUAGGCUUGGAUUGAAAAGGUAUAUGUAUAGAAUUGAUUCAGGGAAUGAUGAUUUGGAGCCAGUUGAUACAGAAUUUCAAGAACUUCAGAUGAUGAAGGAAAGAUUUUCAAAGCUGCUGUUGGGUGAAGAUAUGUCAGGAGGAGGAAAAGGCGUAUGUACCGCGGUUACGGUCUCGAAUGCUAUAACUAAUCUAUAUGCUACAAUAUUUGGCAAUGCUUUGAAGCUGGAACCUCUGAAACCAGAGAAGAAAAUGAUGUGGAAAAGAGAAAUGGAUUGUCUUCUCUCUGUCUGUGAUUACAUUGUAGAGUUUGUUCCUGAAGAUGGAAAUGAUCUUGAGGUAAUGUGUACAAGGCCAAGGACAGAUAUUCAGAUCAACCUCCCUGCUCUAAAGAAACUAGAUGGAAUGCUCAUGGACAUAUUGGAAAGUUUUGAGGAGAAAGAGUUUUGGUAUGCCGAACAAGGUAACAGUACAAAGAUAUCGUCGAGAGCAACCUCAUUCAGGAAGGUUGCAGCUCGAAAAGAUGAAAAAUGGUGGCUGCCGAUACCUUGUAUCCCCCCAGGGGGUCUCUCUGAAGCAGGGCGGAAACACUUGAAACACCAGCGCGAUUGUGCCAAUCAAAUUCACAAGGCGGCCAUGGCCAUCAAUAAUAAUAUCCUCAAUGAGAUGGAAGUUCCUGAAUCCUAUAUUGCAGGACUUCCUAAGAGUGGAAAAUCAUGUCUUGGAGAUGCAAUAUACAAAUACAUGUACAAUGCAGAAGUAUUUUCCCCAGACCAACUCCUCGAUUCGUUGAAGAUAAACUCAGAACAUGAAGCACUCGAACUCGCUGACAGAGUAGAAGCUUCCAUGUAUACAUGGAAGCGAAAGGCAGGAAUGACACAUUCGAGAUCAUGGCAUGUGAUGAAGGAUAUGAAGCAUGAUUUGGAUAGAAAUGACAAAAACCACAUCCUUGCAGAAAGAGCUGCCACUUUGCUCUUUUGCUUGAAACACAGGUUUCCGGAGCUAUCACAGACGACACUAGAUACGUGCAAGAUCCAAUACAACAGGGAUGUCGGUCAAGCAAUUCUAGAAAGCUACUCGAGGGUACUGGAAGGUUUCGCUUUCAAUCUUGUAGCUUGGAUAGAAGAUGUAAUCUCCGCGGAUAGGUUGAUGAAAAAUCAAGAAUUGUAGAGGGCAUUAAAACAUCCAAUUCUCUUGCAUAAUUCACAGUUUGUGAUAGUAAAUUUGUGAUGGAUACCAUCUAAGGCGACCAAUACAUCAAUGUUCAAUUAUGCAGGAAAAACUGUGAUAGUAUAACAAUUAACAUGUUUGUGUCACAUACCAGCAAGGCAGCAACAUCCUAGAAGCAUCUCGAAAUGUAAAAACGAGAAAUUGAAUAAGAUGGGCAGAGUCUUAGUCUGCUCAUCUACACAGGUAACGUAAACAAAGUUGUAAGUUCAUGACUUCAUGUUCGAAUCAUAUUCACAUAUUCAGCGCAAUCGAACUGCAAAUAAUACUGUUCAAUCGUAACAAUUCAU